UAAUUAAGAAAACAUGAUGUUAGGGAAUUCACGCCGCCGCAUCCUCAGCUUCGAAGCCCGUGGCCGGCGUCCGCGCACAGCCGCCUCACGUUCAGACUACUUGCUCCGCCACAGCACCAAACCCGCUGCCGUUUGUCGAUCGCCCCCCCUCUGCCGACGCUACUGCACCUCCCAGCCCGUCGGCCCCCGGCCCCGGUGGUACCACAAUCCGCUCAAGGUCGCCUCCGCGGCAGUUCUCGCCUCCGGCGUCACGGGCCUCACGGCGUUAGCCUACUACCGCCCGUACCUCGACAUCGAGGUCGUGUCGUACACUAACAGGAUUCAUGUGGUCGUCCUCUCCUCCCAGUCGGAGCGCGAGCUCUGUGUUCGCCGCUUCGACGAGGACAUGAACAAGUACGCCGCCGAGUCCCGGAUCGUUGACCCGCUCCACCCCGACACUGUCCGCGUCCGACGCAUCCUCGAGAAACUCAUCCGCGCCGCUCGCAAGGAUGCGCAGGAUCUGGAUGACGGGACCCGAAGAAAGCAGCAGGGUAAGAAACCAAGCCGUCUGCAGCCGCACGCAGGACACCUCCAUGGGGUCAAGUGGGAGCUCAUCCUUGUCAAAGAUGAUCGGGUCAAUGCAGGGUGCCUGCCCGGCAAGAUAAUGGUCACCACCGGAUUGCUCGAAGUUCUCAAGACUGACGCUGAGAUUGCCGUUGUUCUUGGCCACGAGGUUGGGCACGUCAUUGCAAGGCACAAGGCGGACAUCGCCAGGCAAUAUUGGUUUCCCACUCUCUUAUGGCGGCCUUUCUUUUCAAUGAUGGAGAUAGAGGCUGAUCAUAUUGGAAUCAUGCUACUCGGUGGUGCAGGUUUCGAUCCAAACACAGCCCUUGUGGUUCUCUGGAAGCUAGCAAAGAUUGAUGCUUUAACAAAAGAGGAAUCAUUAGUGUCUCCAUAUCCUUCAUAUUUAAAAAGAUCGCAAUAUUUGUCCCAACACAAGGUCAUGCAGAAGGCAAUGGAAUUAUACAAAGAAGCUACUCCAGAUCAAGGUGAUGACAAGCAAGCCGGCGACGGUAAAGGUCUUUCUUUCCGAGAAUCCUUGAGAAACCAGUGCAACAUUGUAUCAACAAGAUUGAAACGAGGUUUUGGAGGAAUAUCAACAAAUUAAAAUGCAUGGUAAGACCGAAGCAAAUGAGGGAAAUGUUACCUGAUGUCCUGCAAGUGCACAUGGUUGAUUGUAGUUGCUUUCGCAAAUUCAGAUUACAGAUCCCACGAAGAGUUGAAGAAAUGGCCGUUUGCCUCUUGUAGAUGUUUAUUGUGUUGUGAUUGUAAGUUAUUCUUCGAUUCCAAGCGAGAGAGCAAUGACGAUGAAAUGGUGCAGAGUGUU